CAACCGAGUUUAUAUAAGAGGCCGGAGCGCAAGGUUGUGGUCACCAGUCGACUGCCAGCUGCCUGUUCACCAUGAUCCGACCGGCGGCACUCGCUCUUGUCCUCUUCGUGGGCACCACCCUCGCCGCCUCCAUCGAGAGGGUCGAGUUUGCACCCCUAGAAGAAUUUGCGCGAAGCAAGCGCCGUCCCGAAGACGUGCCCAAGGACCGUCCUCAGGUGGUAUCCGGUGGUGCCGCCGCUGCUGGCGGCGGCGGCUACGGUUUCCCUGGUUUCCCUCCGUACGGAUACGCUGCAGGUUACGCAGGCAACUUCGGCAACAACUUUGGCAAUAAUUUCGGAAACAACUUCCCUAACUUCCCGGCGCCCUUCAUGCCGUUCCCGGCGCCUUACGCCGCCAUGCCCUUCGACUUCAACAGCGUGUUCAACGCGUACAUCAGCGCCCUGCAGCAGUACACGGACAACCUGCAAAAGCUGCAGUUCCAGUUCCAACAAAACCAACAGGCCAUCUCUUCUAGGUACGCGAAAGACAAUUCGGACAGCGGCGCAAGUGCGGGCAUCAAAGACGGUCGCGGCAUUUUGUCCGACCUGCGCGAGGCCAUCUGUCGAACCAUAUUAGCUAACUUUGGCCGUGACCCUUCUGUGUGCAGCAACCCCGCCGGACCCAGCUACUUUGUGGGCACUGCCAGUGGCGGCUCCACCAACCCUGGACAGAUCUCAGUUUCCGCUCCACCCGGCGCCGUCGUCCAGCACUUUGAAGGACCUGGAGGUCUUCAGGGCGUCUCCGUGUCCUCCGGCAGCGGCUUCCCUCCGUUCAGCGGUGGUGCCGUUGGCGGCGCCGCGUUCGCCGGCGGCGCCCCCUUCUCGGCCGGCUCCUUUGGCGGCGCCUCAAGUGGCACCUCUAGCGGCGCAGGCGGCGCCCCCUUCUCAGCAGGCACUUUUGGCGGCGGCCCCGCCGGCGGCAGUGGCGGCGGCGUGUUCACUUCAUCCUCGUCAGGCGUGACCUCGGUCAACGGUCAAACGGAGACCUUCCACCAGUCGACCACGGGCCACGUGGACAGCAACGGCCAGGUCAGCUCGAUCACCGUGACCAAGCCGUGAAAACAACAGUGUUCCAUUAAAUAAAAGGCGCGCACUACAUCGACCAAAACAAGUUCUAAAAAAUCAAACAAAAAAAUACGAAACAAAAAAGAAAAGUAAUUAUGUAACCGCAAAGUGUACUUAUUAAAAUUAAUUAACACCCGCGACGACUAAAUUUGAGCAGCUUGGGGAGUGUGGGGGCGAGUAAUAUCUGCACUUUGUUAGCACGGAAUUGGAGAAAAGUUGGCAUUUGCUGAUUGAAAAAAAUCGAUCGAGUAGUAGUUCGCAACGAUGCACGCGCUUCUUUUUAAUAGGAACGGGAAUGGACGGAGAGAUGAAGGCGCUUUUGUUCACUUUUUGUAAGCUUUUUUAUAGUAAAACUUAAGAGAUAGCACGCAAUUUUUAGUUCAAUUUCAAUUGAGAUGUCUUAAUGAAAAACAAAUCUCAUCUACGCAGACACGCAGUAUUUCCGCGAAUUUACGAAAAACAAGCUUCAAUUUACAUUAGUUGUGUAAUUUAUUUCGAAAUUAGGCUAAUGGCCUCUCUCGAGAGAGGCAAAUUUUUAUUUAUUUCGUAUAAGACCGCAGUUUCCUCUUGUGCGAUAACCUCAGCCGUCGGAUGAUUCGGGAGAAAAACAAACAUCCCGAAGAGUUGGAUGCGUUUGAGGUUGUUUGCACGUGACCAGGCAGCUUCCAACUGACCCCUAUUUAGCCUAAACAAGGUUGCAACAAACAGAUAUUCUAGUAGAAACCGCUAAACUGGCAGUGCAUUGCUUUAUUCAUAUUUGGUAAAUCUUAAAAUCUUAAUAUCUUAAUAAGUUAUAAUUAUAGAACUAAUUUAAGAAAACCCGUUUAAGAGAAUUUAUUAUUUUUAUUAGUGAAUUUUUUAAAUUGACUACGUGCAACGAAUGAUAAAAAAUAUAAUUUCAUGUUUAAAGCACUCACUACGGUUAAGUUGUUUUGAAAAAUAUAAAACUUUGUUCAACUUUGCGUUUCAAUUAAGAAUUUUAAAGAUUAAACAUUGACUAGCUUUUCUCAAGGAGCAGCGUGGGCCGAUUAAAAGACAUUGAUAUUUUAAGAAGUUUUGUUCAUUUUGAUUCGGCUUCUGCUGCUCAAAUAAUUUUAAGUGAAAGAAGGCAUUUUUUUUUCAGCGUAGAUUAAAUUACGUUACUAGUUUUAAAAUCUAAUUAUAAGACAAAAAAUAAACGUUUAAAAAGCACUGAAAGAUCACGAGCAAGCGUGCGCCUCCUCUUCCCUCAUCUACAAUAAGCCAUAAUUUAUAAAAAGCGCUCGCUGGUAAAUGACAGCAAAGCGCUCUCUUUUAUAUUUCGUCAAACGCAUCAUCUGGAAAUAAUAUUUAUUAUAUUGACGCAUGUGAUAAUUAUAUAUGUACCCAAUAAGUUGAUCGAAUAAAGCACCCGGCAUGUCAUCCCACAGUGUGGAAA